ACGACAUGACGACAUCAACAGCAUGCACCUCAUGAUCUCUUCUGCUCCUCUGCAUCUAACCCCAGUUACUGUCGUCAAUGUAAAUACAUGUACCGCAUAUUCAUACAGUAUCUCUUUCUCUCUAUAUAUAUCUAUGUGUGCAUGGUUCGAGUUAGAAACUGGAAAUCUAUUAAAAUACAUAUAAGCUAUAAUGGGUGAUCUGCAAAUCGUGCCAGCAUACAACAAGGUGGAAGCACAGUACGUAGAAAUGAUGGUGCCAUUGUACUCUUACGGUUGUGAGAAGAAAAUCAAGAAGGCUCUUUCUCAUCUCAAAGUGAAAGUAGACUACUACAAACAGAAGGUGACUGUUUGGGGAAUCUGCAACAAGCUUGAUGUGUUAGCAAUGGUCAAAAAGAAGCGUAAAGAAGCUCGUUUUUGGAACGCUGAGGAGAAUGAUCAAGAGAGCGUGGAUGAUACCAUCGUCCAGAAAGAAGACACUGUUAAAACUUCGUCUGAUUCAGAUAAAUCAUCGGCGUUCUAUACGUAUUCACCGUCGUCUCCGAGGUUUAAGAGACCUCCUUUGUCACUCAUUAGAACAUCUUCCUUCACAUGGAAAGCUGUGAAGAAAGUCUUCUCUAGAUCCAUUUCCUUUUGAAUCACAUUUUCUUCUUAUAUGAACCUAAUAAUGGUACAAGAAGUCACGUAUCUGUCAGUGUAUAAAUAUCAAAUAUUGUAGUUGAGAACACUCGUCAGCAACCAAUAUUUGAUGGUAGUUCAGUGGUCAUGGCUUUGUUCGUCUAUUAUAUGUUUAAAAUCUAUGUUUCUGGACAUGUUUCUGGACAUGUUUCUUUCCUACUAUAUAUAAAAUAAGCAGUUCUAGUUGAUAAGAGCGCAGCUAUAGUGUCUCAGCGAUCAUUUUGUUG